GUUCUGGCUACAAUAGUUCCUAUCAUCGACACAGGAGGCGCUACUGCACGUGCAGUUACGGUGCUACGGUGACGCAAGCCGCACCUAGGAGUUUCUCGUUCAUUUCCUCGGGAACUUUCGCGUCGUAAGCUACUACUGGUCGGGAUUUGUUGUCACCUAUAAUCAGAGCCAAUGGAAGACUACGAAGAUGACGAUGACACGCACUAUUGUAUCAAAUGCAGUAUGACAAUACACGGCCUCGACAAUUACGUGCGGCAUCGGCGCUCGGGCUGUCGACCGCCUGACGAUAAAAAAGAGACCUUUCACGAGUCACCUUCAACGCCGACAACAGUGUCCUAUCCCGAAAUCUUAAACGCAGACGCUUUCUUCAGUUCGCUAGAAUUAAAGAGUAGCGCGAAAUCGAAUAAUCGACGUGACGCCGAAGAAUCUGCUUUGACAUUGUUGGAAAAAUUUAAGAAAGAUGAUAGAGAAAAAAAAGACGAAAAGAAAAGUCAGAUGGAUUCCGACGAAUCCAGCGUGAAGGAUAAACUUCACAGCAUGCUGCCCGCUGUCAGCGACUUGGAUGAUCCAACUGAUCAAUUAUGCAUCCAAUCUCUCAAGCAGACCGAUCGAAAAAGACAAGAAAAUGUUCAACGAAUGGAGUCCGAUCAGCAGAACUGGUUGGAAGACACAAGUGUCAUUCUCGAAGACCUGAAUCUGAAUAGCGAGAACAAAGAGAUACCGAAAUUCGGGUUUAGGUUUCAACAGGGCAGCGUCGGGGAAGACUCCGACGACGACGAGGAAGAUUUGGAGGACGACGAUUUAGAAGAAGACGAUUCUUAUUCGGAUUCUGACGACGGUGAAAAUCGGGAGCGUCCGCCGCGAGGCCAUACCGGCGGUAAGUGGAAGCCCGAGCUCGACGAUUUGCCGCAGGACAUGGCACAUAUGCAUGAGGACGACGUGGAUCUCGAGGAUGAUCAUCAAGAACAUCCUCCACCGACGUACACCGGCGGCAAAUGGAAACCUGCGGAGACAUCGCAAACAAAAAGAUAUCGACCAUUACAGAAGGAUGAGGAAUAUGAGAGCAAGGACACGUCCGGACAGCCGCCGCCGGAGCACACGCGAGGGAAAUGGGUGCCGGGUGCGCGAACGGAUAUCGAAUCGGGAUAUUGGUGUAAUCCUUGCGGUAGGAAGCUUGCCUCACGAGUGGUCUACAAUCGGCAUCUGCUCUCCGAUCUACACGCCAGAAGGAGUAUAAGAGAGAUUGACAGAGAUAUCAUUCCAUUGAGUGAAAUAAAUUUGCGUAGUAGAAGACUGGCUGCCCGACAGACAGCAGUAAAGAAAAUACCGGAAGAGCCAGAGAUAAAGAAAGGAAAAAAAAGAAAAAGAAAAUAUGACGUGAGCCAGAGAAUAUUGUACAUCAAUUGUGAGAUGUGCCACGCGCGCGUGAGGAAGCUCCAAGUUGGUAAACAUUUGCUCUCCCAUUACCAUUGCCGUGUGGCGGGAGUAAAUCCACGCAAUCGAAGGGAGCGCCGUUUCCUGCUGGAAAACAUGGCGUACGUGGUUCGACAGUGUCCUUUUCAAUGCGCGUCUUGUCGUUUUUAUUGUAACACUGAGGAAACAUUCCUGCUCCAUUGGCGUUCCAAUCUUCAUAUUGAGACCAUAAAAAUGAAUGAAAGUGAUUUGCGAUGUGUUUCUUGCAAUUUUUGCUGCAAAAACAAUAACGCAAUGGAGUCUCAUCUUUUGAGUACGGCUCAUCGUGACGUAGUAUCGAUGAUGAACGGUUCUGUGCCGGUAGUAAUUGGUCGUCACCUAGUGUUGUCUUGCACCACUUGCGACCGUCAAUUUCAAUACAACUUGCAGCUGCGAUUGCACAUCAAGCAAACUGGUCACGAGAGCCACACUGCUUCGGAUGCAUAUCAGCAAUAUCUUAAAUGCAAUUGGUGUUCUAAAGCUUUUCGGUCUCAGUUCGCGCUUCAACGUCAUCAGUUGCUCGCGCACAAAACCAAACACGAUGACGCGGAUGUAAAUAAGAGCGAAACCACUCAACUGGCACUGUACUACUGCUCAUAUUGCUCAAUAAACUUCGCUACUAGAAAUGAGGCGAAUGAACACCGAAGAUCAUUUAUUCACAAAGAAGUCGUUAGAGCACACAAGAAUAAGAAUGGACAGUCAGGAAAAGAAAUGGAGAGAGUGUGUCCUCAUUGCGACGAAAAACAACCUAACAUCAUAGAACAUAAAACUCAUCUACUCGAUCAUCAUCCGGAACUAUGCCACAGAUGUCCUCAAUGCAACAUGCUUUUUGCCUUGUCACAAGACGUCAGCGGACACACACGUGAGGGCAAGUGUGUGAAAAAAGACGAGUUAAACAUGGUUGAAAUGAUACGCGAGAGAAAAGAAUGGAAGUGUCACAUUUGUGUCUACUCGACGAAUUCACAAUCUGAUUUUAUGUAUCACAAGAUUCUCCAUAACGGACCUGUUAUAACUACGAACGGAAUAGCCAAAUUAAAGACAAAUUGUGUGAAAUAUUGCUGUCUGAUAUGCAACAAACUCGUUUCGAGAGCUUCACUGGCAAAUCACAUCACGCAACAUACUGGAGAAAAACCGUUUUCUUGUAAGAAGUGUUCGGUCUCGUUCGCGAAAAGAUCGGACAUCAUCAUUCAUCAGAAACUGUGCAAAUCCUCGGAAUCAUCGAAGCUGGAUAAAACUGGCCGUGCGCGAACUUUCAUUUGCGGAGAAUGCGGAGAAGCUUUUUACACUAAACACUGCCUUCGACAGCACAUCCUGCGACACGCCGGUAAGAAAUUCAAGUGUGGACAACCGGGGUGCCCUACCGUCCUACGCACGAAAAACGAAUUGAACAAACACCAAAUGCUGGUCCACGACACCAUAAAAAAGGAAAUACACAAUUGUACCGAGUGCCUGUACUUCGCUAAGACGAGGCAGGAUUUAACCAGACACAAAUUGAGAAUGCACACUCAGAAGCAAACCUUCAGCUGUACUUAUGAUGAGCAUUGCUCUUAUAAGGGAAAAAGUGAGAGCCACGUGAAGCGACACUUGCGGACGCACGAGGUUCAGAAAAAAUACAAGUGUCGAUUUUGUGACUACGCUUGUAACAUUUCGGAAAAUCUCCGGAAGCAUAUAUUAUGUACAAAUUUGCAUCCAGGUAUGACGGUAUACGAAUGUAAUCUUUGUGACAAAAGAACGACGAAUCCGUUCGAAACAAAUUUUGCCAAGGAACUCUGCGCUCAUUUGUUGAAAGCACACUCGGAGAUGUUUCAAUCGCCAUUUGAAGCGAAUCGUUACGUCUACCAUUAUCAACAAUGUUCAUAAUGUCAACGUGCCAAUUAACCAAAAAGUACCAAAUAUUGAUAUAAGCUGUUUAUUUAUAAGCUAUUUUUUUACAAGUGUCCAACGAAUCAAACAAAUUAUGUAAAGCCAAAGUCUCACGGUGCUCUGAGGCUCGUCACACAUGUUUGGUUUGUCUUUCCCACCGGUUGUCUACUCAUCUAAAAUCGUGAACUAUUGUUUAUGUCGAUGUUUGUUACAAAAUAAUCACCGUUAUGCGUUUUCUUUUGCUUGUUAUAUUGCUUUUACUUUUUAUUAAUGUUCCCUUUGAGAAAAAAUAUGUUGCUGCAAAUGCAAUUAGUUUCGUUCUUUCGUUCAUUUUUUUCGCAAGCCAAAGCCACAAGUUACGUACCGUGAGACUUCGGUUUAAGAACGUUAAACAUAUAUUAUACAUGUGAGAAUAUUAAACAUACAUGUACAUCUAUU